CAUCCUCAUUCGGGUGACAAACUCCAAAGAGACGACACCCAGAACCCGGACCUCCCUCCUCCCCAUGCCCUUUUCAGGCCUUCCGGCCACUGGCAUGCUGGGAACGUCACUCGCGAAUUCUGCGGGCACCCAGGGCUCCGCCCCCUCGACUCUCGGUCCGUCCCCAGCCCGGCCCAGUGCGCAGGCGCGGGAAAGUCAAACUGCUUCAGAAAAGUUCUUAACACGAGUUUCGGGAAGGAGGCGGCGGCGGGGCCCGGCACCAGGAACCCUGCCCAGGAGGAGCCGACAGACUUCCUGAGCCGCCUUCGCAGAUGUCUUCCCUGCUCCCUGGGGCAAGGAGCUGUUCCCCCCGAGUCCCCCCGGCCUUGCUCCCUGCCCCUCCAGCCCUGCUAUGGUUCAGAGCCUGGCCCAGCUACUCCAGACUUCUAUGCCCUGGUGGCCCAGCGGCUGGAACAGCUGGUUCAGGAGCAACUGCGAUCCCCACCUAGCCCAGAGUUACAAGGUCCCCCACCCACAGAGAAGGAAGCCCUGCUGCGGAGGCUGGUGGCCUUGCUGGAGGAGGAGGCAGAAGACAUCAACCAGAAGCUGGCCUCGGACCCUGCCCUCCGCCGCCAGCUGGCGCGCCUGUCGGCCGGCUCCUUCGCCCGCCUGGUGGAGCUGUUCUCCAGCCGGGAGCACAGCCCUCGCCCCAGCCGCGCACGCCCGUCGUUGCCGUGCCCCGGGCCCCCGCCGCCCUCCCCGGAGCCCCUGGCCCGCCUGGCCCUGGCCAUGGAGCUGAGCAGACGCGUGGCCCGGCUGGGGGGCACCCUAGCCGGACUCAGCGUGGAGCACGUGCACAGCUUCACGCCCUGGAUCCGGGCCCACGGGGGCUGGGAGGGCAUCCUGGCCUCUUCACCCGUGGACUUGAACUUGCCCCUGGACUGACAUCCUUCUCAGAAGGUGCUAUGAGACUGGAACUCAGGUCCUCGAGCUUUUCGUGUGCCUCCCAAGCCUUCCCAUUCUACUCAGGGCUGUGGGGUGGUGGCCACCCUCCCUGGUUUUGCCAAAAAAACAAUUGUUUAAACACUUUUAUAUUAAAAACUUUUUCAAGUGUU